ACAGUCGCUCGGCGGCAACGCAGCUCGCCCGGACCGACAAUGCUUUGAAGGCACCGGAGGCUCGUCUGCGGUGAUUGGAGAGAAAAGGGACAACCUCGUCCUCCUCAAACAUCGAGCGAGGUCGAGGGGUUGGGGGGGACCAGCAGGCAAGGACGACAAGAAGGCGGUGGACUUUUUUUUAAUUUUUAUUUUUAUUUUAAAUUUAAAAAAAAAAAACCUUAAAGCGGGCCGGGAGUGGUUUUCAUCGUCCGCGCUUCGUUGUAGAAAGUAACUGAUUCCCCCCCAGCAGCAUUCGUCAUGUCAUCGUCCGGUAAAGACAACAGCGGAGCCCCGCAUGCCAAUUACGUGGGACCGUACCGUUUGGAGAAGACGCUGGGCAAAGGACAAACAGGAUUGGUCAAGCUCGGAGUUCAUUGUGUAACAUGCCAGAAAGUUGCCAUAAAGAUUGUCAACCGGGAGAAACUCAGCGAGUCAGUACUCAUGAAGGUGGAGCGAGAAAUAGCCAUUCUGAAGCUCAUAGAACACCCGCAUGUUUUAAAGCUACAUGACGUCUAUGAAAAUAAAAAAUACUUGUACCUUGUACUAGAACUUGUGUCCGGUGGGGAAUUGUUCGACUACCUGGUGAAGAAAGGCAGACUAACACCUAAAGAGGCCAGGAAAUUCUUCAGACAAAUCAUGUCUGCUCUGGAUUUUUGUCACAGUCAUUCCAUAUGCCACAGAGACCUGAAGCCGGAGAACCUGCUGCUCGAUGAGAAGAACAACAUCAGGAUAGCGGACUUCGGUAUGGCCUCUCUUCAGGUUGGAGAUAGUCUGUUGGAAACUAGCUGCGGAUCUCCACAUUAUGCCUGUCCAGAGGUCAUCAGGGGGGAGAAAUACGACGGGAGGAAAGCGGACGUCUGGAGCUGUGGGGUCAUUCUUUUCGCCCUAUUGGUGGGUGCUCUGCCUUUUGAUGACGACAACCUGAGGAAUCUGCUAGAGAAAGUAAAGUUAGGAGUGUUUCACAUGCCCCACUUCAUCCCUCCAGACUGUCAGAACUUACUGCGGGGCAUGAUAGAAGUGGAUGCCUCCAAAAGACUAAAGCUAGAACAGAUCCAGAAGCACACAUGGUACAUAGGGGGUAAGAACGAGCCGGAACCUGAGCAGCCCGUGCCGAGGAAGGUGACCAUCCGCAGCCUCCCGUCUGCAGACGACAUCGACCCAGACGUCCUGGACAGCAUGCACUCUCUUGGCUGCUUCAGAGACAAGAACAAGCUGCAGAAAGACUUGCUCUCAGAUGAUGACAACCAAGAAAAGAUGAUCUACUUCCUGUUACUGGACCGUAAGGAGAGGUACCCCAGUCAAGAGGACCAGAACCUUCCUCCUCGCAAUGAGAUAGAUCCCCCCAAGAAGCGGGUUGACUCUCCAAUGUUGAACCGACAUGGAAAACGGAGACCAGAGAGGAAGUCCAUGGAAGUCCUCAGUGUCACAGACGGAGGCUCGCCUGUGCCGGCCAGGAGAGCCAUCGACAUGACACAACACGGCCAACGGUCACGGUCCAUCAGCGGAGCUUCUUCAGGCCUCACAACCAGCCCGCUCAGCAGCCCGCGGCCAGUUAGAAAGUUUAGUGUUCCACCUCAAAUCCCCGAUUUGCCGCAGUCUACAAACACCAGCCCCUGUCCUUCCCCCGAGCCAAUUCCAAAUCGCACAGGCCCACGGAUCUCCACGCCGAACUCACUCGCCCCGAGCGCCGAGGCCGUUUUGGCCGCUCUUAACAAGACACAAACUCUCCCGACCAAGCCCAAAGUUGCCCCUAAGGCUCUUCAAGCCACAAGAUCCAACCCGCUCCCUGAAGCUUCAUUAGAUGCAGCAACCUCGCCGGAGUCUUUAGCUCCGUCCCAGAUCUCGUCACACCCCGCAUCCAUCUCUGUGCCCCCCACGCCAACCUCCCCGCUAUCGCCAACCUCUCCGAGCCCCGUUGCUUCCAUCUUAAACACCCCCCAAGUGAGGCGCUCCCAUUUCGCUGCCAACCCCCAACUCUCUGUGCCCUUCAGCCCAGCGGUGCCUCCCUCCUCAAUCCGUCUGCACCACUUUCACCCAGUGACACCCACGCCUUCUUCAUAUGCUGACCACCCACCUAAAUCUAUCCCCCUCAUACAGGUUACACCCCACCCCUCCCCUAGAGGUAGCCCCCUACCGACCCCCAAGGGCACCCCGGUGCACACGCCCAAGGACAGCCCGGCCGGAACUCCCAGCCCGACGCCGCCCCCCAGCCCCUCCAUUGGCGGCAUGCCAUGGAGGACGCGCCUCAAUUCCAUCAAGAACAGUUUCCUGGGUUCCCCACGCUUCCACCGCAGGAAACUCCAAGGUGUGAGAAUUCCCACGCAAGAUGAGAUGUCGAGUCUCACUCCAGAGUCUUCCCCAGAACUUGCCAAAAAAUCCUGGUUUGGUAACUUUAUCAACCUGGAAAAGGAGGAGCAGAUCUUCAUUGUCAUCAGGGACAAACCUCUCAGCUCCAUCAAGGCCGACAUUGUUCAAGCAUUUCUCUCGAUCCCAAGCCUGAGCCACAGCGUCAUUUCGCAGACCAGUUUCCGAGCGGAGUACAAGUCCACAGCUGGUCCGACAGUCUUCCAGAAGCCGGUCAAAUUCCAGGUGGACAUCACCUACACGGAGAGCACAGCUGCCACCAAGGAGAACGGCAUCUACUCCGUCACCUUCACCCUGCUCUCAGGACCCAGCCGACGCUUCAAGCGAGUAGUGGAGACCAUCCAGAGCCAGUUGUUAAGCACACAUGACCAGCCUGGAGUCCAGCAGCUGUCUGACGAGAAGAACGGACAGGUGCUCGCCUGCAAGCGCUGCCCCUCGCCCUCGCCCGUGCACGCCAGGCGGCGGGAGCAGGAGAACAAUAGCAGCAAAAGUCCUCUGGUGUGCAGAGACCGAGUCAAGUUGUCCCUGCAGGAACACACUUUUGACUGAGCUCUCUCUCGUCUCCACCCUUCCUCCUCCCCCCCCCCCCCGACACCUCCAUCUCGUCUUUGUGCUCACCUGCUGUUCAACCUUGUGCUAACCUCCACCUUUCUCACACCAGGACUUAUCCAGAAAACCUAUUAAGUUCCAUCCCCGCUCUGUCCCUGCUUCACCGUCCUCCCCCCCCCCCCCCAAGGCCAUGAGAGACCUUGCUUUUUGAGCUUUGGGUUACCAUGGAAACGGACGUCUACCUUCAUCGUCAACCUCUCCUUUUCACCCCGACUGUAGAAGUAGAUGAAAAUACCUUUGGUGUGUCCCCCCCCCCUUCCCGAUACUCUUGCACCCGCCCCCCCCCAAAAAAACAGGCGCCUUUGCCUCGAGGAGCAUUUUGUCCAACAUAUGCACACAACGAUGUGGGAUGUCUUACCAACUACGUGACGGAGCAGGAGACGUGCGGACGCUGGAUUGUACUUUUCUUUUUAAAAGGUGUGACUUGAGGCGAAAUAACGCUACUGCUGCAAACGAACUGUGACCCGAGAGACGCGGGGGAGGGAAAGAACCUUGCUGACCUGGCAAAAUAGGGUAACGGAUGAUGUAAUCUGUUGUACAGACUUGUUUCUUAUGUACAAAGUCAAAGAAUUGUCUAGUUGUGACACAAUGUUUAGAUACCGUCUAGGGAAGUCAUGUGUAUUUUUGAUCGAUCCAAACCAUUGAUUUGUCCAUUGAUGACCUCUCACUUACCAGCAGUAGGAGUAGAAGAACAAAGCAACAAAAAAAUGUGAUCAAUGCACUCGUGCUUAUUUUUCUAUUUCUUCCCCCCGACCUUAUUUAUUCAUCUGUGUCAUGUCCUCAUUUAUUAACACUUGACUAUUUAUAUGAACAAAGCUGUUAGCUCAGUUGAAUGUUAUUUAUUAUUAUUAUUAUUAUUAAUAAUAACCUUUCGUGUGUUGGAAAAUGGGGCGUUGUUACAAGAAGAACUUUUCUUUUGGUCUAAUUUUAGCUGAAUGAUCCGUCUUUUUCCUUGACGAAGAGAGGAAAGACAACUUGUAUUUACAAAAAAAAAAAAGAACAAUUCCAGUGAUUUAAGAAUGUAGAUUUAGCCUCUUUUUGGAGAGAAGGAAUGCUCUUUUAUCGCUAUUUGUGCGUUUCAUAUUGUUUGCAACAGCCGGGCCUGAGAAGGAGCUCAAUAUGGAUCCAUGGUUGUAAAUAGACCAUUUUAAAAAACAAAACAACAACACGGUUGGUUGUCUUCUUCCCAUGCUGGAGAUUCUUGCUCUCUGCUUUAGCUCGUGUUGUCGUGUGCAUGUCCAACACCAGCUUUUCUUUGCAUGGCUUUGGUGUUAAUGUUCCACGCUGGUCUCGCCUCUAAACGACCUUUUUAUGUUCUACUUUCUACCUGAAAUUCCUAACCUCUUUUGUUUUGGUGUUUUUUUCUUCCCCUGUUCAUUUUCAAAUCUUUGCACCUGCUUCUCCUUUUAUCUCUUGUCGUGUGGCCAGAAGACACUGGGAGAGGACGUCAAUACUAACAAACUCAAAAGCAAUAGAAUAAUGUUCACUCUCCUUUUUGUUUUGUACGCACGGGAAAGCAAGCAGCCGAUCGACUCAGCAGGAAGUAAACAGAUGAUGUAAUAAUCCCCGUAUAACGUAACUACUGUGAGCAUCCUCAGUGCUGAAACAAAUAAACUCAUUCCGAUACUGUC